AUGCGGCUUUAUUAACUCAAUGAAAUAUAUUUUUUUGUACUUUUUUUUGCGAACUGAUAUGUGACACGUAUUAAUAUUUAUACUUUUUUUGCUAAAAAUGUGGGGCUCAAAACAGGUUCCGCCCCACCUGCCGUUAAUGACGGGUUGCCACUGUUUAGGUGUCAAGUGGAUUUUGCACCCCUCAAACACAGGAAAUAGAUUGCUGAAAAGGAAAGAUCCUCAGGUGGGAAGGGGCAUACAUGUUGCUAAUGUCAUGUAUCCCUCCUUCUUCCCUUCCUUCUCUCCUCCUCCUUCACCUAAUAACCACAAGUGCCCCUGUCCACCUCUCUUCCUCUCCCCCUCUCCUCCUUGCCCGGUUGUCUGUACAUAUCUAGGAUCAGUUUAUCCUCUCCUAAUCCUAACCUACAGCCAGUUAAGCCAAAACCUAAAAACUGACCACCCUAACUUCAUCCUAGACCAUUCCUCCAGCCUAGCUAAUCAGAUUACGACUGAGAUAGGAUUAGUAUAGGAGCAGGUGGGACACUAAGACUGUGUCCAAAAUGGCACCCUAUUCUACAUAGGGUCCAUCGGGCUCUGGUCAAAAGUAGUGCACUAAAUAGGGUGCCAUUUGGGACAAAAACUGAGACAGGCUGGAGGCUGUACACCAAGGAAUAGGGAGAGAGAGAGAGGGGGGAGGGAUCCUAAGGAUUAGUUCUAUUGGGCUCUAUCAUAGUAGCUGAGUUAGAGACACUUAUAGUGCCUGGAAGAUUGUGACGGGACAAAAUGUAACCCUCAACUACUUCAUUUUCAUAAUUGAUAUCGUCAUCAUAACAUUUAACAGCUUCGACUUUAUCAUCAUCAACACUUCUUCUGUAACUUCCCAUUUCGUUUCGGAUUACCUGGAUGCUACUGUGACGAAACAGGUAGGUGACAACACUGCUAGCUACCAUACUGACACUGUGCUGAGCUCAAUGAGCUGUACAAUGAAUUCAGCUUAAUGUCUGGGCUUGAAAUGUCAGUGAAGUAGAGGUAAUAUGCUCAAAGGUAAGGCCCUUACUAUCGUUUAUGUUAAAAGCACAGAGUAAAUAGGCAUAUUUCUUAAGAUCUAUUGUCUGUCAUGUAUGAGUCAUCUGUGUGUUUUCUCCUAGCUCAGAAAACAUUAUAACGAACAACAAACAUAAUAUUUGGAAGUCUACUGCAUCGUAUUCUGUCGUUUAUCAGGAAGCACCAAAAGAAAAUGGAUUCUGUGAGCAUACCGACCCACUACGUGUGAUGUCAGUCCCAUCCUCUGUGAUGACAUCACCACCAGAGCCCCAUCACCAUAGAAAGAAGCAUUGUGAUUGGCUGAACCUUCAUUAGGACCAAUAAUGUCUCUGACAGUGGACGAGACAGCUGGGGAUCUACCAGUGAGGGACGUAGGGCUAAUGAGAGGAGGGCUGAUGCCCACCGUACCAGACUCUGUGAGAGGCGGAAGAUCAUGGAAGAAACCACAGGUGCUCAAGUUAAAAGACCGUCAGAGGGUGUUCCAGGUGCCCAGGGAGCAGCUGGAGGACCAGUGUUUCCGUCUGCAAGAGGAGAACAACCUACUGAGACAGCACACACGCACACAGGAACAGAGGCUACGCAGGAUGUCCACCAAGCUGAUGCGUCUAAGGGAGGGGCGUCCGGGUGAGGCCGGUACCAGGGUCAGGGAGGGGGACAUGGAGGAGAUGAUCCAGGAGCUGGAGGCGCGUGUGGCCACCCUGGAGAGCCAGAAGGGGGCACUGCAGAGCAAACUCAGCAUGGCCAGGCAGCACAUCAUGGACCUGGGGCCUGGACGGAGUUACCACAGACUCAGAGGGCGGGGAAUGGAUGGGCAGGGAGGAGUCAGACGAGCAGCACAGACAGCUCCGGCCCACUACGGCCUCAGCCUGGAGGACACCAGAGGAGAGAUUGAGAAAUUCAGGUCCAGUGUGAUCGAGACCCAGAAGAUGAGGGUGACAGAGCUGGAGCAGGCUGCCCAGUCCCUGAGAGACACACUUGGGGAGAAGGAGAGAGAGAUAGAGGACAGUAUGAAAGAGAUGAGGAGACAACAGGCCGGCGGACACAGGAUCACUAUAAAGGACAAUGUGGACGUGAUCCGCCUGCAGAAGAAUCUGUCAGACAAGAGCGCUGCCCUGCGUGUCAGCCAGGAGAAGUUCAACGUGCUGCAAGAGGCUUAUGAAGCUCAAUUGGAAGAGGGUCAGAGGUCACUGAAGGAGAGCCAGGGGGCAUUGCUGGAGAAGGUAGAGGAGCUGAGUGAACAGCUGAAACAAGAGAGACAGAGAGCGCUGACACUGGAGGGACAGCUCACCGCUGCCACUCUUUCUAUGCAAGCCCUCGAGGAGUUCCAAGAGAGAGUGUCAGACCUGGAAGGAGAGAAGAAUCUACUGAAGGACAGCUAUGAUACACUCCUGGAGAGCACUUUAUCUGCCCACAGCCAUGUGGAGGAGAAGGUGGAUAGAGAGAGAGAGCUGGAAAAAGAUAGGGAGAGAGAGAAAGAGGAGAUCUGGAGGAUGGACAUAAAACGGCUUGAGGAGAUUCUGCGAGUGGAGAGGGAGGAACGAGGGAGGCUGGAAGAGGAGAAAGAAAGGUUGCAACGGGACAAAGAGAGGAUAGAGGAACAACAGGAGAGGGAGAGAGAGUCCAUUGAGUCGAUUAGAGGAAAACAUGAUCGAAUGGAACAGGAAGUUCUACAGUACAGACAGGAAGUGACAUCACUGCAGGAGAGACUGGACUCAGUCACAAAGGAGUUUGACAUGAGUGUUGAGGACCUCAGUGAAACCCUGAUACAAAUUAAGACAUUUAGGCUACAGCAGGAGGGCCGUGAGGGUCUGCGGUUCCUAGGGAUUGAUGGGAAGGUGGAGGACUCAUACAGAGAGCUAAGGGACCUACAGGCAUCCCAAGCAGAGACUGUGUUAGAAUUACAGAAGACCAGAGACUUACUGUUACUGCAGCACCGCAUCAAUAAUGAUUUGCAGGCUGAGUUGAACACAAUGAUAGAGAGAGCAGAAAGAGAGAGGGAGGAGACCAAGAGGAGGGUAGCGGAGAAAGAUAAACUACUUGGAAGAAGAGCCUUGCAAAUCAACACUUUACAAGCCCAGCUGAAGGAGUUAGCCUACAGCCCUAGGAACUACAAACGGAACAUACCACUACAGUACACCUGGCCGGGGGGGGACCAGGAAGUGGUACAGCCCAUUGAAGACGACACCACUUUCUCUCAACUACGAGCGGGGGAGUCCCUUUUGGAGAUCCACCUCAAGGGGGCAGCUUUCACCCCUGGGGGGCUACGGACCAUGGGGGACGCCCGGAAAGGGGGGGUCAAAAGGUGAAGCGGUUGUGACCUUUUGCACCUACGCCCUCCUGGACUUUGAAAU